AUGCCAAAUGACGUACCACCGCUCGGAAAACCUGAAGAAGAGGCUAGGAGGCUUGGCGCUUACUCUUACAAAGCAGCUUGCGAGUCAUGCGCCGAGUGUAUGCAGUGGAGCUACGACGAUGGCUUGUGCCGUAUGGACGACAAGCCACAGCUUAUGGGGUCUGGAUUUACGCCUGGUCUGUUCCAGAAGAAAACGAGACUAAUUAUUACGAGUGGUUAG